AUGAGCGAGAUCACAGGAAUCAAACCCACUGAAAGGACGUCGAUGAUCGGCCUGGAGUUCAAGCGACCAAUCCAGGUGUACUUGCCGACUUAUCAGCUGGAACCUAGAGUCCCUUUAAGUCUGCACCAAAUAACGGUUGCUGUCGAUGACAUUCUUGAUAUUUGCUUCAACGGACACGUGUAUCAACAAGCGCUAUCACCCGCAGUGGCCACCCGGAUAGCGGCUAUGAUCGUACGCACAUUGAAAUAUGUGUACGAUCGAUAUCGGAUCCUGUGCGUCGUCGCUAUUGGCCAGAAGAGAUCCCAGAGUUACAACAACGCCAUUGGUUUCAUCUGGGACGGUCAGAGGGACAUGUACGUCGAUCGUCAUAGAGAAGAACCCACAGCCUUCGUUCAAGUCACUGUGUUUGCUGUAUAUCUUGAUUAA